CUUAGAGUUGGGCAGAAAUCUUAGUGGGAACUUGUGAACUCUCUAAGUACUAAAUGUUUGGAAUGGAGCUGCAUGCAGAUUAUUGCAUUUCUAUAUCGAAGCUGAUGAUGAUUCUCACGUUGUUGUUCUCAAUAAUUAUCUGUUGCGGGGGAGCUCAACGUUCGGAACCGAUGUUCACUGCUGUAACCAACACUGUUCUCCCACCAGACUAUGAAAAUAAUCCAACUCAGCUGAACUAUGGAGUGGCCGUUACAGAUGUGGACAAUGAUGGGGACUUUGAAAUUAUUGUGGCUGGGUAUAAUGGGCCAAAUCUUGUGUUGAAGUACAUCAAACAAAAAGGACGUUUGGUGAACAUAGCUGUGGAUGAGAGAAGUUCACCAUAUUAUGCAUUACGAGAUCGUCAAGGCAACGCGAUUGGGGUCACGGCCUGUGAUAUUGAUGGAGAUGGAAGGGAAGAAAUUUAUUUUCUUAACACAAACAAUGCCUUUUCAGGUGUGGCAACAUACACGGACAAAUUGUUUAAAUUUAGAAAAGGACGUUGGGAAGAUCUUUUUGGUGAUGAUGUGAAUGUGAAAAAGGGAGUGGCGAAUCGAUUUGCCGGGCGAUCGGUGGCUUGCAUUGACAGGAAGGGCACUGGACGAUACUCCAUCUAUAUUGCAAACUAUGCAAAUGGAAAUGUGGGUCCGCAUGCAUUGAUUGAAGCAGAUGAAGCGGCCAGCGAUUUUUCUAGCGGAAUCAUUGUGCUGUCCAAUGUUGCUGCAGAAGCUGGUGUAAAUAAGUACACAGGUGGGCGAGGCGUCAUUGUUGGACCAAUCGUGAACUCUUUUGCCUCUGACAUAUUUUGUGACAAUGAGAAUGGUCCAAAUUUUCUCUUUCAAAACAAAGGAGAUGGAACUUUUUCUGAUGUAGCUUCCAGUGCAGGUGUGGAUGAUACAUAUCAGCAUGGGCGUGGUGUAGCGCUAGCAGACUUUAAUAGGGAUGGAAAAGUAGACAUUGUGUAUGGAAAUUGGAAUGGACCACAUCGUCUUUUUCUACAGAUGAACACGAAUGGAAAAAUUCGCUUCCGGGAUAUUGCUACUCAGAAGUUCUCUAUGCCUUCUCCAAUUCGUACUGUGAUUGCUGCUGACUUCGAUAACGAUCAGGAACUUGAAGUCUUUUUUAAUAACAUCGCCUUCAAAGCAUCUUCAGCAAACCGCAUGUUCAGGGUUGGUCGCAGGGAACAUGCUGACCCGUUCAUGGAGGAACUUAAUCCUGGAGAUGCCUCGGAGCCUGAAGGUCGCGGAACCGGUGGAGCUGUGACGGACUUUGAUGGAGAUGGAAUGUUGGAUUUGAUAUUGUCCCAUGGAGAAUCAAUGGCCCAACCUAUAUCUGUAUUCAAAGGAAAGCAGGGCUUAAAAAACAACUGGCUUCGAGUAAUACCACGUACCAAGUUUGGUUCAUUUGCUCGUGGUGCCAAGGUUGUUCUUUACACAAAAAAGAGCGGAGCACACUUGAGGAUUAUUGAUGGUGGAUCUGGGUAUCUUUGUGAAAUGGAACCUGUUGCACAUUUUGGUUUGGGAAAGGAUGAAGCCAGCAGCAUAGAGGUGACGUGGCCUGAUGGUCGUGUAUUUACCCGGGGGAUCGCCAAAGGGGAAAUUAAUUCUGUGCUGGAAAUUCCUUACCCCCAUGAAGAAGAUAGUGUAACUAAACCGACUAACAUUGAGUGUGGCCAAGGCUUCUCGCUGAAUGAAAAUGGACACUGCGGAGACACAGACGAGUGUAUACAAUUUCCAUUUGUUUGUCCCAGGGAAAAGCCAGUCUGUGUCAACACAUACGGAAACUACAAGUGUCGUCCAAACAGGAGGUGCAACCGUGGAUAUGAGCCCAAUGAAGAUGGCACUGCUUGUGUUGCUCAGGUGGCCUAUUUUGGAGGAUACCCAUCUUCAGCCGUCACAUUCAGGGCUGACAUCUUGCACUGUACAGCAAUAAUGCUAAGCCUUGGAUUAUACUUCCAGACAUUCUUCCUCUGAAUCAGUUGAUUAUAAAAGCUUUGUGCUUGUUUCUCUCAACUUCUAUGUCAAAGAACUGUCUACCAAUCCUGCCCCAGUGUUGAUCUGGGAAUAAGGAAGGUGCAUACCUGAUACAAACACACGAGAAAGAACUUUCUUUGAAACUUAGAGUGAAUAGUGAUAUUUUCGUAAAAAACCCAAGUUGUUUGUUAAUAUGUCAUGCAUGUUUUCUGAGAAAACUAAAGAGAAACUCCCUAUAAGACUUCUGCUAAAGACACAAACAAAACAUGAUCUAUUAAUUAGUGUUUUACAAAUGUAUCCUCUCAAUUUUUUUUAUAUGUUGCCAUGACAUCUUGGUUAAUUCAUUUACUGCCAGAAGAUCCAACAGAACAAUGCAUGGCAGGCCCUUCCUGGCAGGGAAAUGGUUAAUCCCGAUUGACUGCUUGUAAUAUUAUUUAAUAUAAUAACGUAUAUUUGUGCCUGCUGGUUUGGCCUGCCUGGUGUCUGCUUCCCUGCUCUUAACCUCGGUAAAGGAAGAAGCCUUAUUUUGUUGUUUUUUUAAAACUUAUUUAAAGAAUGUUAAGAGUUCAACUUUUUUGCAGUCUUCCAAUCAUGGAUCUACAUAACAUGUUAUAAGUAAAACAUCUCCUAAAUAUAUAUAAAAAUGGCAAUGCGCGGAAAACAUUUAUAAGUGGUGCAAUUGAGGACUAAGGAAAUAAUGCAGUUUUAUUUCAAAGUAAUGUACAAUACAAACAAUAUAAUAAAUGGAAAUGUCUAUAACUGAUUUUACACUAUGUAGCUGGUUGACA